GCAACGGAAAGAUGAGCAGCGAGAGGACAACCCAACGCCCGUCGAUGGGCGAUUUAAAGCGCCAGCAGCCCGCUAUCUUUGCGGCACAGGACGGCAGCCCGGUGGUGGAGCGGCGACGGUCCAGCGAUGCAGCGCGAGCAGACGGCAAUGAUACGGGCAAGAGUGACCAGAGGGAUGCGCACGCGGCUCACGAGAAUGGCCAACGAAGGGGUGGUGCCGUUGGCAACUCCCAAUCCGUGCACACCAAGCGAACGCAGCCCCAAAUUGCUUCCAUCAAGGCCACCAACUCUCUCCCCACUCGAUCGCUUGAUCACAGCGACAGCCUAGAGCAACAAGAUGAAAGUGACAACGACCAGCUCGACGACUCAAUGAACAGAAGCGCUGAUGACCGCCAGGCAACAUCUCUCAAACGACACGAACAACACACCCUCGAAGAACAGGCGCGCAAGAUGCAAGCAGAGCUCCUCGCUCUCAAUCGCGGAUUCGCAAAGGAAGACAUGCUCGCUUUCGGCAGCAACACCGUCGCCAUCUUCAACCGCUUCGAUCAGCUCAAGCGCAGCCAAGAUCAGCUGACUCAGCACUUUUGGAACCUCGAGGACACCAUUGCCGCAAACAGAAUGGCUGCAUCGGACAACGGCGCCACCGACGACACCCCGCUGUCCAAUUUCGGAGCGUUCACAGACGCCAUCAACAUGCAUAAAAAGGGUGUGUUUGAGUCUCUGCAGGAGCUGUCGAAUCAGCUCGACAGCCUGGCGCCGCUGCCGUCAGACACACAAGCGGGCUCGGAGCAGCACCACCCGCUGCACCAGUUCUCAAGCAUGGUUAGCCACAGCCAGGACGACAGCACGUUCAUGGAUAUGUUCACCCGUCCCAGUCGCCACUACCACGUCACCGCAAACACAGCAGCAGCAACAACAGCAACAACAGCAACAGGGCGCUCCAACAGACGUCGCCAGCAGCAACAGCAGCGCCGGCGGAACAAUUACAGUCGCGACGUUGCAGUGCCCACGACGCUGCGUGAACUGGAGAUGAGGGUGGCAGAUGGCAACGAGUUUGCUGAGGAGGGCAGCAGUGACGGUAGUGGUGGUGGUGGUGGUGGUGACGGUGACCAUGGUGGGGGUAUGGAGGUGAGCGGACGUGGCUGGGGCAACGAAGGCGAUGGUGAGGACUUGGACCGACUGCGACAAUUGCGCAAUGAACGCACACGACAGCUGCAGCAGCGACAACAGCGACAACAGCGGCAGGUGGCGGUAACAGACGCAGCUGCCCCACGCACACGCGCACGAACACAGCGUGACGGCACUGCCCAAUACCAACAACGACCGUCACCGCGAGCACAGCGACGGCAACAGCAGCAACAGCAGCAACAGCAACAAGAAAGGCAGCCGGAGAGGAGGAGAACUGGGGCUGGUCCGUAUACACGUGCACCUCGGGAGGAGAGGAAAGACAUGCCAUACCCGAACGCCAAUGGCCUUGAUUAUGAUGCAGGUGAUGCAUAUGAGCAGGGGGAGAGGCUGCCGUUCGUUCCACAACCACAACAACGGCAACAACAACACCGGCCUGAACCGCAGCGUGAUUCCGCAGGGUACCCUGGUGUCGUGGACAGCCGUGGCAAUGAUCGUGACGAUGACCGUGACGACCGUGGUGGUGUUGUGAGACGUGCACGCCGCCUGCCGCAGGAGGGCCUGCGUGAGGGGCGAGGUGGAGCAAGGCUGCCGAGCGCAGGCCGCGAUGGUGUGGAUGUUGUCAGCAGCGAGGUGGAUGCGUUGCUUGCGGACUUUGGAGCGAGUCGGCGCUGGCGUGCGCGCGGCUUUGGCGCAGACGCAUCUCAGUCCUCCACACCAGUGCGCAGCGCGGGUGGCGUGGGUGGCGGUGCUGGGCAUGGUGCCAGCUGGCGCGAUCGCGCACGUGCGCAUGCACAGCGCAUCAGCUCCGAUGCUGGUGACGACGAUCACGACGACGACGAUGAUGGCGAUGGUGAGCAAGGGUUGGGGUCGUGGCAGAUAAGACCGGCACCUGCAGGGGACGAUGCGGUGAACGCUGUUCGUCUGCGCAGGGCCCACGGCAACGGCACGGCGGUGCCAGCACGAACAGCGGCGCCACGACGAGCGCCGCUGCCCUCGGCGAGGGCGAGUGGGAUCCGAGGGGUGCGGGAGAGCAUAGGGACGGGCCGGAACACCGUGUUUGUGAGCGAUGACGGCGGCCUUGAUGAUGACGACUAUGACGAUGCUGGCCAUGGUGGUGUUGGUGGCGGUGGUGGCUUGCACCGUGCACGCAUGAGCACGGUUGGGGAGGAGGGGGAGGAGGGCGAUGGGAACGACGACAGCUUGAACGACUCAAUUGCGUUCAGCAGCGACGCGCACUCCUCACGGCUGGACAACAACACGAGCGGGCUGAGCCAUCUCGGCGACGCCGGCGGUUACGACAAUGACGGCCCUGCCGAGGACAGCGCUUACGCCGGGCCGUAUGCAGCUGUGGGUGAUGGCGGCGGUGGUGUUGAUGGUGACAGCAGUGGCCGCGUUGCUCACGGGCGGCGCGUGAGGCGUGAUGAUGGUGCUGCUGAUGCUUAUCACGGUGAUGAUGGUGAUGGUGAAGAUGGUAAUGGUGGCGGUGAGCGAGGCAGGCCACGAGCAGGCAGGAGAAGCACAGCGCGUGCACGAGCAGCCAGGAAUGUGCCUGCAAGCACCGCUGCCACGGCUUCAAGGCGCAAGUCAAGCUUCUUCUUCGAUGGCCACCACAACGACGACGAUAACGAGGUGGACGUGUGACGAUGACUUGGUUGCGGGCAAU